GAUCCAGAUUGGGCAUCUUACACAUUGGGCAUGUUUAUCUGCUUAAAUUGUUCGGGGAUUCACCGCAACAUCCCACAAGUCAGUAAAGUGAAAUCUGUCCGUCUGGAUGAAUGGGACAAUGGGCAAAUCGAGUUUAUGGCUUCCACUGGUAACAAUGCCGCAAAAGCAAAAUAUGAAGCUGAAAUCCCACCGUUUUAUUACAAGCCAACUGCUUCAGACUGUCAACUGCUACGAGAACAGUGGAUCCGAGCAAAAUAUGAAAGGAAAGAAUUCAUUUACAUUGAGAAGCAGGAGCCGUACUCUGCAGGGUAUCGGGAAGGAUUUCUUUGGAAGAGAGGCCGUGACAAUGGGCAGUUCUUGAGCCGGAAGUUUGUGCUGUCCGAACGGGAGGGAGCCCUGAAGUAUUACAACAAAAAUGACGCCAAGGAGCCGAAAGCAAUUAUGAAGAUCGAGCACUUAAAUGCGACUUUCCAGCCUGCGAAAAUUGGGAACCCACACGGAUUGCAGAUCACGUACUUGAAAGACAACAGCACGAGGAACAUCUUUGUUUACCAUGAAGAUGGCAAGGAAAUGGUGGACUGGUUCAACGCCAUCCGUGCUGCUCGAUUCCAUUACUUGCAAGUGGCAUUCCCCGGAGCCAGCAACAUUGACCUGGUGCCAAAACUUUCUAGGAAUUACCUGAAGGAGGGUUACAUGGAGAAAACUGGACCCAAGCAAACGGAAGGUUUCAAGAAGCGCUGGUUUACCAUGGACGACCGAAGAUUAAUGUACUUCAAAGACCCCUUGGAUGCCUUUGCCAGGGGGGAGGUCUUUAUCGGCAGCAAAGAUAACAGCUACACAGUCUUGGAAGGACUCCCGCCGUCCAUCCAGGGGAAUCAUUGGCAGCAUGGAAUCACCAUUGUGACCCCGGACAGGAAGUUCCUCUUUGCCUGUGAGACGGAAAACGAUCAGUUGGAGUGGAUCGCUGCUUUUCAGAAAGUGAUCAGCAGGCCCAUGCUGCCGCAAGAAUAUGCAGUGGAAGCUCAUUUCAAGCAUAAACCGUAAUCGCAUCGGGCUGGAGGGGAACCAGUAUUUGCGGAUCUGCUUACAACCCAGUAAUAUUAUUUGUUCUUUGCAAUGUUCACGACGACGAAACGUUCAGGAAAUCACUUUGGACUACGAGGUGGGAGAUGCUCGUAACUGUGGCAGCUGCAUGAGGACAGGAAGCGCUGCCAAUCCCAGAGCAGACAAUUUAGAAACGUUGUGCUCCCCAAGCCAGGAAGGGGAUGCGGCUCUUCCAUCGUGGGCUAUCCGAGGCACCUCCCUUGGUCAAAGGUGACCCUGAGCACCGUGGGGUGUUCAGAAGAACACGCGCUCCUCCGUUUCCUCUGCCCUCCUCCUCCUCCUCCCUGUUCCUUGUGCUCGGUCAUGAGGACAACACACGGUGAUCCAGAAUGCUUUCUCCUAAAGGGUGCAAUCACCUUCAGAGAACGGGAGUCCCUUUUUGGAGGAGGGCAGCCAUGAAUUCAAGAGGACACCUGUGGCGUUGGAACUUAGGCCUAAACCCUUCUGACCUUUCCCAGGAAGGACAGAUACAGGAGUCCAGCAGGCCUUGUGCAUGAUGCUGAAGUUUCAACAAAUGCCUUCUGAUCCUGACCCACGUGGGCAUCACAGGACGCUACCACUUGAAUAGCCACGGACGCUCCUUUCAAGGGAGGGUGCCCCCGCCCCGCUUCUUUUCACCUUGUGAUGCUUAAGCAGCAGGUUCAUAUUUAUUUUUGGAGGCGAGUUCUAUCGUGAUGCUUGGGAGUUUGCUCCAAGCUUCUCACAAGCCAUACCGCCUGGUGCCAUCCUGUUGAAAGACUAAUCUUGGCACGACCUAUCAGGGGUUAGCACAACCUACCAGGGGUUGACACAACCUAAGUUUGGCACAACCUACCAGGGGAUGGCACAACCUAAGCUUGGCACAAUCUAUCAGGGUUCUCUAAAACCAGUGCUGCAGAAGCUGUGUGUGUGUGUGUGGGGGGGGUCAGGUAAAGCAAAAUUGGCGGCUGGCAGACAGAGUGCCUAUAUCAUGGAUGGAUGGUAUAAAGUCUCAUUUCCCUUUUCCAGAGUUCCAAGGGGCAGGACGGCCUGUUGUGCUCUCCUAAUAACUGUGGUGCUGUCAAAGCGGUGUGAGAGGCAGUGUGGUGCAGUGGUUAGAGUGUCGUGCCAGGAUCUGGGGCACCCCAGGUUUGGAUCCCCACU